UAGAACGUUGAAAAUGCUGAUCGCUGCAGUUGUUUUGUGUGUGUCCUGCGGUCUAUGUUUUGGCCAGGCCUACAGUCUCCCACCUGUAGUACAGCUGGGAGGUGCAGUUGUGGCUCUUGAACAGGACACGGAACAGGAGAAGGCUGCAUCGGAGCAGCGUCUAGCUCGUGUGUGGUUAGAGCAGGCAGACCAGCUGCUUCGAAAGCUUUUCAAUAAUGAACUCAGCGCUGAGGAAGCUACCAACAUGCUGCAUAGCUGGCCAAACGAAGGUCGCGGCAAGCAGCACAAAAACAAGAAGCUACUAAAGACGCUCUAUCCACUAUUUGGUGCUGCUGUGCUGGCCAAGUUGAUUUUGUUGCCCUUGAUCUUGAAAUGGCUAACGGCGCUCUCGGCCUCAUCAUUUGUCAUGGGCAAAAUCGCGCUGGCAUCCGCUGGCCUCUUGGCACUCAAGUCUAUAUUGUCGAGUGGGCAUGCGAGAGACCGACUGGAGAUUAUUCAUUCCUCAGCUCCAACAUUCAAGAGCUAUCAUAGUGAUCUGUCGUCCAGCGACAGCAGUUGGAUGCCCAUUAGACGACCCUUUAUUCCCAUUGGCAUGUCGAAGGAUGCCACGUUUCGAGUUCCGCCAACCGGCAUCAAAGCCCAGGAUUUGUAUAAGCCAUUUCUAUAGGCAAAUUAAAUGAGAGUUUGUGUUAGUAUCAGUAACCGUUAGUGUUAGCCAGCAAUAAAGAUAAUCAUAAUAAUAAUAAAGCCACAUAA